AUGCAUCUGAUCAAGUCGUCAGCUUGGCACCUAGCUGCCCUUGCGGCCGUCUUGCCCGUCUUCGCUUCGGCAGCGUUGACGACGACCCAGACAGGCACAAGCACGGCGUCUUUCUUUUUGCCCUCGCGCUCCACCUCGUCGGGCUAUCACAUCUAUGCCACUCCCAUUACCUCAGAUGCCUCAACCACGCAAUACUUGCUCGCAUGCCAAACUCUGUUCGGCGUCUCGUCUUACUCAUGUGGCGGUGAGUUCACAGGUCUCACCUUGACCUACGGUCCAAGCUCGAUGCACUUGAAUCUCGGGCCCUCCGUGGGUCUAGAGUACAACUGUGCAUUGUUGCCGGCGGCGGUAUGCACGGUGACCAGUUCCGGUAUCGUGGCGACUAGCACGGUGGUCAGCCUAGCCGCUACGGAGACCUCGAAGUCCAUUACGCCAGUUACGAUAUUAGUGAAUGAUGUGAAAACCAUUUCCUCCACGACAAGCCCUACCAACGCAGCGGCAACGACGACAUCUGGUUCAGGGGGCAGUGGGGUAUGCAAAAGGAAGGUUGGAAGCGGCAGUGGAGCAACGACGGCGGGAGGUGCAGACACAACUGCUGGCGAUGCGGCUGCAACGACUACCGGGGAUUGUUCGGACGGAGGCAGGGUCGGUGUUGGGCUGCUUAUGCUUGGUGUCACGGCACUUGCAAUUCUGGUUGGGGUAGUUGUACUGUAA